AUACAAAAACACUUUAUAAUUGGCAUUUUUACCCAAUUCCCCAUGAAAUGACCAUUGAAAAUUUUUUUGAGAAGUUUGUAUAUGGUGAAAUAUCGUCCGAUUUUUCAUUUGAUUUGAGUAGCCUUGAAAAGAUCAAACAUAUUGAGAUAAGUCAAACGCCUACUAGUGCUGCUAUUCAAGCAAGCCAAGAUUAUAAUAUUAUAGAACUUCUAAAUACAUUUGGCACCAAUGUUCACUUUUAUCUAGAUGAAAUAGAUUCCACUAUAGAUAUAACACAACAAAAUA